AUGGCACGAAAGAAGCCCUCAUCAUCAUCUGCCGAUUCUCAGAUCACAAUAGGGAACUGUGAGGUGAUUGUUGAAGCAAAGAACUACAAAGCUGAGUCUAAUCAGAAUACCCUUCAAAUAUCUCUUUCCAGAAAUGCCAAAAUCACAAUCUCUGUUGUCAAUGGUACAUUUGGAAAAGAACAAAAUGAUAUCCAACCUUCUAGUUUCCCUGAAAAUGGAAAUUAUUACUUUGUGCUUGUCAACCCCAAGGAUUCUGACGCUGAAUCGAAGUCUCUACUCCAAGAAAUAUUAGCCUUGUAUACAAAGGAACUACCUUCAAUGAACUAUGCUGCAAAUACCGGAAAGAAGUCGAUGUUCCUUGAAAGAUGUGUAUCCAAUGGGAAGUAUUGCACCCUAGUUUUGAACUCAAAAUCUGAAGAAGGCCCUCGUGAGGUUGUUGCUGCAAUUAGUUUUCAGUUAAUACCGGCUGAUACACAAUAUGCCGAGGUCCCACUUGCUGCAGUCAGUUCAUCUUACCAACAUAAGGGAAUUGGGCAACUGAUGUAUUUCGAGAUGAGGAAAAGACUGCAGAGUGUUGGUGUGCACUCUAUAUUUUGCUGGGCUGAUGUUGAAUCUGAAGGAUUUUGGCUCAAGCAGGGCUUUGUAGCAGUUGGUCAAGUAGAUACCAAGGGUAGAGCAAGAAGGUUACCAAUUAAAGCAGAUAUCAGGAAAGCAUUAUGCUUUCCCGGUGGUUCAACCUUAACGGUUGCUCAUCUUGAAAAGGAAUGUUCAAAUAACACUGCAGAGUCUGUACAACUUUCUUCUCUUUUAAAGCCUAAUAAGAAGGCAAUACCUGCCUCUAUGCAUCAGAGUCAACCCUUUGGAGCUGAAGUAUUCAAUAAUAAUUUGCCGAUGGUUGGUUGCCAGGACCUUGUGUGUUUGGACAGUGUGGAAUGCAUUAAGGAAGGAAACCGUGAAAAUGAAAUGAGACUUAUAACUGAUGGUGAUACCAAACAUUGUUCAUGUUCACCAUCGGGUGCAAAAAAGAGGACUUGGGAAGCCUCUCAUACCUCACUGAAGUCGAAAAAAGUCAAAGGAGGCCAUCUGGCUGUUUGCCAAUCAAAUAGCGACUGUGUUGCAAGAAAUAAUAUAACUGAUAAAUGUUGUAUGGAUGUGAGCCCCAUAACUAGGGAUGAAAGUCUGGCAAAUUUUACACCCACGCUUGGAGGUCCUUUGAGUAACAGUAACGAUGACAAGACUCAAGAUAUAAAUUGCUAUAAAAUCAUGCUGAUGAACAUGGCGGAUGAUGCAAAAAAAACACAUCUGACAAAGAUAAUUGAGGAUCUUGGUGGCUUGGUUACAUCUGAUGGAAGAGUAAGCACACAUGUUAUAACUGGAAAAGUGAGAAAAACAUUAAACUUUUGUACAGCUCUUUGUUCAGGAGCUUGGAUUAUAUCACCUGCUUGGUUAAAAAAAAGUUUCAAAGAAGGCCAAUUUGUAGAUGAAAUGCCAUACAUUUUAAAAGAUCUCGAGUACGAGUCUAAAUACAGGACUGACCUAAAGAGUACAGUACUUAGAGCAAGAACAAGUCCUGGAGCUUUACUAAAAGGUUUUAAAGUAUGCCUUGCAGCUCAUGUGCAGCCUCCUGUCAAUACCUUGUCUGCCAUUGUGACAUCUGCAGGUGGAACUGUUAUUCGCAAUUUAAACAAAAUGAAGGAUUCUAGGAAAACCAUAUUUGUGGCAAGUGAAGACAACAUGGAAGAAGCAUUGUUAGCUAUGAAGAAAGGCAUACCGACAUUCAGUAAUGAGUGGUUCAUGAAUUGUGUCAUGAAACAGGAUCUAGACUUGGAGGCUCCUCAGUUUGCUGAAUCUCUUUAGCAUUGUGUUUUUGUUUCCUAAAGUUAAUCAGGAAGCUUGGGGCAUACAAUUUAAGAUAACAUAU